UUUGAAUCUUCAGGAGAUAUUUUGGGCAAAAAAGUUUAUAAUUAAUAUUUCAAUGUCCGGCAAUUCGUUGAAGACCACUUGCAAAGUUGUGCGACCUCUAAUGUCCUUAGAUCACUGCGAUGCUCGUCGUCGUGUUAUGGGCUUGUACAGAGCAUACUUCAGAUACAUACCGCAUUUGCUGCAACAAUUCGACAUACCGAAGAAUGAAUGCGAGUGCAAGUGUAAACUGAGGGAAUAUUUCUACAAGCACGCCGACGUCACAGACAUCAGGGUGAUAGACAUGCUGAUUAUAAAGGGCUACAUUAACCUAAAAGAAAUGACAAACAACUGGCAACAGAAAGGGCACGUGAUGGCUCACUGGAACCCCACGCAUGUGCCCAAGCCGCAAGAUUUUAUGGGAAAAUUCUUGGAAGGACUAGACUAAAACAAAUCAAAACAAACAAUAUUCUACUGUUUUAUUAAUAAUGUAACUUAUGUUAACGUUUUUAACUGGUUACACUG